UAGUAUCCACCAGUAUCCAUUUGUCAACAGAAUGCCUAUACAAGUAUGAGUUGACAUAUCUCAUACCCAAUAAAUUUUUUCUACUCGCUGGCUGAACCCUAAUUCUUUCUGGUAAGAAUGGCGACAACCAUGGACUGCAGAAACUGGAACGAAGACAUAUACAGAAACUCCAUUAUACUGGAGAGAGAAUCCCAAUGUCGAACGGUCUUCCGCACUGCAUUCGCCCCCAACCCGGACCAUAAUUCCUAUCCGGACCUCAUCGCCGCCGCCAUUAGCGAUGGCUCCAUUGCCUCUUACUCUAUCUCUUCUUGCCUUGGAUUGAGCUCCGUGGGCAAUUCAUUGGUGCUAGUAGCUGAACCUAGUUGGCUGGUGCAAGGCCAUGAUGGACCUGCUUAUGAUGUUAAGUUUUAUGGUAACCAUGAAGAUUCACUGUUAUUGAGUUGUGGUGAUGAUGGUCGGAUUCAAGGAUGGAAGUGGAAAGAAAUGUUGGGGUCUAAAGAAUCAGCACAAGGAGGCGUAUCAAAGCCAGUACUUGACUUGGUAAAUCCUCAAAAGAAAGGUCCGUGGGGUGCGCUUUCACCAAUUCCUGAAAAUAAUUGCAUGGCUGUUAAUAAUCAGACCGGAUCCAUUUUUGCUGCUUCUGGUGAUUCUUGUGCAUACUGCUGGGAUGUGGAGAAGAGUGAAAUAAAGAUGGUUUUCAAAGGACAUUCAGACUACUUGCAUUGCAUUGUUGCGCGAAAUUCUCACAAUCAGGUUAUAACUGGUUCAGAGGAUGGGACAGCACGAAUAUGGGAUUGCAGAAGUGGAAAAUGUAUUCAAAUAAUUGAUCCCCAGAAGGAUAAGAAGUUGAAGGAGUUGUUUCCAUAUGUCAGUUGCAUAGCUCUUGAUGCAAGCGAGAGUUGGCUGGCUUGUGGAAGUGGCCGGUCUUUAUCUGUUUGGAAUCUUCCAGCUUAUGAAUGCGUUUCACGUAUUAUGACAAGUGCUGCUAUCCAGGAUGCCUUAUUUGAUGAUAAUCAAGUUUUGGCGGUUGGAGCGGAGCCACUGCUUAGCCGCUUUGACCUGAAUGGAGAUAUUGUUUCACAGAUACCAUGUGCUCCUGAGUCAUUGUUUUCCAUUUCUGCACAUCCUUCAGGGGUCACAGCAGUAGCUGGUUACGGUGGUAUAGUGGAUAUUGUAUCACAAUUUGGAAGUCAUUUGUGCACAUUCCAUUGCAGAGCAGUUCAGAAGUGACUGCCAAUGCAGCUUAUUUAACUUGGGGACAUUGAAAGAUGAUGGGCAAGACAGGAAAAAUUGCUCAAGGAUAAUCAACUUUUUCUCUGAAAAAACUUGGUCACCAUGUACUUGCAGCGAACUAUAUGAGUUUUACCUCAAAAAUGAAAUUUAGCCCUGUUUCAUCAGCUUGUGGUAGGGGUUACUACUUACAAAUACUAGAGCUUUUUCUAGUGAAGUCAUAUGGAUAGCUGAUGAAGUACCACUUUGAAGUAACUAUUGCCAGCAAAAAUGAAACAUUAGUUUCUCAGGACCAAAAUAAGUGGUCUAAGGUUUUUGACUUCCAGCGCACCCAGUACGAAAAUCAUACAUCUCAUUAAACUGCCAUCUAUCUGUUUCCUAAAGCGACGCUUUGGACCAAAUUGGUGAAAAACUAGAUGACCAUUUAUUUCUUCACUAGUGUCUGAUUUGCACGUGUCCCCAGCAAAUAGUAUACCAUAGAAAUGAGAAACAAAAUUUUUAGUGAAAAUAUAAGCUGAAAUUUAUGAAUAAUCAGGCUGUUCAAACAGCUUUGAUGAAUGACAAAUGAUUAUAUUUGAACCUUCAUGACAAGAUGGCAACCAAAUGAGCAAAUUCAAAUUUCCUGUAA